AUGAAGAACAGGACGGAAGUGACAGAAUUUAUCCUGCUCGGACUAACUGAUGAUCCCAAAUUAAAAAUUCCUCUCUUUAUACUGUUCACCCUCGUCUACUUCACCACUAUGAUUGGGAAUUUGGGGAUGAUACUGCUGAUUUUGUUGGACUCUCGCCUCUAUACUCCGAUGUACUUUUUCCUCAGUAACUUGUCUCUGGUGGACUUCUGCUAUUCUUCAGCUGUUACUCCCACAGUCAUGUCUGGAUUGCUUAGAGAUGACAAUGUCAUCUCCUAUAAUGCCUGUGCUGCUCAAAUGUUCUUUUUCGGAGGAUUUGCUACUGUGGAAAAUUACCUCUUGGCCUCAAUGGCCUACGACCGUUAUUUAGCAGUGUGCAGACCCUUACAUUACACCAGCACCAUGACGACAUGUGUUUGUGUGGGUUUUAUAGCAGGCUCCUACAUCUGUGGCUUUUUGAAUGUCUCUAUUCACAUUGGGGAUACAUUCAGUCUCUCUUUUUGCAAGUCCAAUGUGGUCCAUCACUUUUUUUGUGAUUUCCCAGCAGUGCUGGUUCUCUCUUGCUCUGAUAGAAGUAUAAGUGAGCUGGUUAUUGCUUCCGUGGUGAGCUUCAACAUCUUUUUUGCUAUCCUGGUUAUCUUGACAUCCUACACAUUCAUAUUUAUCACUAUUUUAAAGAUGCAUUCAUCAUCAGGGUAUCAGAAGGCUCUAUCCACCUGUGCUUCCCACUUUGUCGCAGUUUCUAUCUUCUAUGGGACUGUCAUCUUCAUGUAUUUGCAGCCUAGUUCCAGCCAUUCCAUGGACACAGACAAAGUGGCAUCUGUGUUCUACUCCAUGAUCAUCCCCAUGCUGAACCCUAUAGUCUACGGCCUGAGGAACAAGGAGAUCAAGAAUGCAUUUUUGAAAGUUAUUUUUAAUAACAUUAAUUCAUUGAGGCCAGCGUGA